AUCCCAUGCAAACUUAAGCCACAAUCAAACUAUCUCUUUCUCCCAAAAUCUCUCUGGUUCUUCCAAUGGAGAGUUGUGCAUUAGCUGUAUCUACCACCUCUCUGAAUCCAAAAUCUCUAAACCAUAUCAAUGGAACCACACCCAAAAUCUUCCCACUUUUCCAUUCAUCUCUCCAUUUCAGCAACCAUAGAAACACAUAUUCAGCUGCUUCACUCCUCUCUUUUCCCACGAACUCUCCCUUCUUCUUUCCAAAACGAAUCCGCCAUGAUUUCGAGGUUGUCAGGGCUGCUCCCCAGAACUCCGGCGAACCCACAAACCCACCGGAGUUUAGCCGGACUUUACAGCUUGCUGCCAUGUUUGGAGUAUGGUAUCUAUUGAACAUCUACUUCAACAUCUUCAACAAACAGGUUCUUAAGGUCUUUCCAUACCCAACAACAGUUACCACAUUUCAGUUUGGAUGUGGUACUCUCAUGAUUUUGAUUAUGUGGGCACUUAAACUUCAUCCAAGACCAAAGAUUUAUAAAUCACAGAUUGUACCUGUUUUAGUGUUGGCAGUGGCACAUACAAUGGGCAAUCUUUUGACUAAUAUAAGUCUGGGAAGAGUUGCAGUUUCUUUCACUCACACAAUCAAAGCCAUGGAGCCUUUUUUCACUGUUCUUUUCUCUGCCCUGCUCCUUUCCGAGAGACCGACAUUUUGGGUAGUUUCAUCUCUUGUACCCAUUGUGGGUGGUGUCGCUUUGGCAUCCUUAACGGAGGCUUCGUUUAACUGGAUCGGUUUUGGCAGUGCAAUGGCUUCCAAUAUCACCAACCAAUCGCGUAAUGUACUUAGCAAAAAGUUUAUGGUCAGGAAGGAGGAAGCUCUGGACAAUAUCAAUCUCUUCUCAGUUAUCACAAUUCUCUCUUUUAUCUUCUUGAUUCCUUUUGCAUACUUAUUGGAAGGCUUCAAACUUACUCCAGAAUACCUGAAAACUGCUGCAAGUCAAGGUGUAAAUGUGAGAGAGCUAUGUGUAAGAUCUGUUCUUGCUGGUUUCUGCUUCCAUAGUUAUCAACAGGUUUCGUAUAUGAUACUACAAAUGGUAUCGCCAGUGACACAUGCCGUGGGGAACUGUGUGAAGCGAGUGGUUGUCAUAGUAUCAUCUGUCAUCUUCUUUCAGACACCGGUCUCUCCCAUCAACUCCCUCGGAACUGGUUUGGCCCUUGCUGGAGUCUUCCUGUAUUCAAGAGCAAAGCGAAUUAAGCCAAAGCCAAAGGCGGUUUGACUUGUACUACCACCAAAUUGUGCAACUCCAUUUGCGUCGGAAACAUUAAUUGUGCAUAUACAUUUCACCCUCGUUUUGCUCAUAAACGAUUCUGCAUACAUCCUACCUCAA